AUGGAGAAGAAGCCCAAGCACAGCAGCGCAACGCACGUCGUCCCGGUUGUGGAUGUGCCAACGGAAAGCGUGCAGCGUGCACUCGCCUAUUGCACUUGUCUGUACAGUCAGCAAGUGGAUCGCGUUGAGACGGCAAUGAUGGAAUGGGAAGACGCGUUUGUUCGACUGGAGUCAAAAGAGCUAUGUGACUUGGCGAAAAUUGCCUCGAACUUGGAUAUUCAGCCACUGGUAGACCUCACGUGUCGCUCGAUCGCACAGAUCAUGUCGGCAACGUCUGAAGCCGACGAGCUGCGGAGGAAGUUUGGGCUGGAAGAUCCGCCUGAUGUUGACUGCACUUGUGAGCUGCGCAGCGACAUGACGGGGUUUGACUUUGACAUGUUUGAUUCGCUGGAUCACGAUCUCUCUACCGAAGAAUACGAGCUAGUGGAGUUUGACCAGCCAAGCGUUGAUGAGCUGGUAAGCUUUAUCAACGGCAGCGGCAGCAAUCCACAGACGCCACCGAUUGCGGUGCAGCAACGCCAAGCUGAAGAAGUGGCAAGGAAGAAUUGCCAUUUUCACGGGGAGAACUCGCUGGACUUUAACGACUCGAAUAACUGCAACGUCUCGUCCGGGAAGAAGAAGCGCAAAAAACGCAAAAAGAAAAAGUCGCCCCCUGCUUCACUGCAUUCCGACACGAAGACAGAGUCCGCUGCUGAGCCUGGCGUGAACGUGGCAGACAAGCGUGUUCAGGAGUCUUGCAGCAGCGACGACGAGAAUGAAGCACACGAUCUCACUCUGGCAAGACCGGCGAGUUCCCGGAAUAGUGAUAGCGCUAAAUUGCAAACGCUGGAAGAGAAAGUGAGGCUCGCGCGACAAAACCCAAGUGCAGUGUUCAAGGAAUCGCAAUUUGAAGACGAUGAUGACGAAGACAUGGCAAAGGUGAUCAAGAUGUUUGAGAUAAAUCUUGAGUCUGCGUACCACGACUCUGGCAAUGAGAAGAAGAUGCGUCUGGACUUUGCACCGCGCGAAGUAUUCCGGUCCCCCCGAGUGCGCUCGUCGCAGUUGGAGUAUGUGCAGCGCCAUCGGUCGGCUACGACGACGUAG